AAACAAGUCAUAGUGACGCAAGUCGCGUCAAACGCUUCUGUGCUAAAAUAAAAUAAUAAACAUUCAUAAAAUAUUAUGUGAUUAUAAUUGGCAUUUAACUUGAACCGUCCAAGAUGAAGACCUUAUAUUUAGGAAGUCUGCUUAUAAUAGCAAAUCUAUUGAUCUGCUGUGAAUCAGCAAAAGUUCUAUAUUUAAUGCCAUUCACAGCCAGAUCUCACUAUAUUGGCAUGAAGAACUUAGCGAUAGAACUUGCGAGAAGGGGGCAUGAUGUGUACGCUAUCACUCCCUUUAGAGAAGAUGAACAUCCACCCACGUAUCACCAGCUUAUGGUAAAAAAUGAAUCUAUAUGGACUAAAUUAUUUGAUGUACCACCACGAGUGUUCGACAUGAUGGAUGAAACAUUUGAGUCAUUCCAAAAUUUUAUGUACAAAUUUGGAUUUCUGGUGAACGACCUAGUCUUUGAGUCCAAAGACGUGCAAGAGUUUUUGAAACAAGACCACAAAAUAGAUGUUGUGGUUACGGAAGUAUUCUUCAAUGAAGGACUAUACAUGUUCGCUCACAAAUACCAAGCUCCUCUAGUGUUGGUGACAACCGUUGGGAACUCGUUUAAAGGAAAUUUCUAUAUGGGUAAUCCUCUUCAGCUAUCAACUUUGUACCAUGAGUAUGGAAGAGCUAGAGAACCACUCAGUUUCAUCGGUAGAUUGUACAAUGUGUAUCUGUGCACGUUUGAUCUAGUCAUGCUCAAAUUUUGGUAUUUCCCUCGACUACAAGAAUCUACCAUACAAUAUUUUAAAGAUUUACCAGAGCCUGUCCCCAAAUUGGAGGAUAUAGCCGCAAACGCAGCCGUUCUACUUCUUAAUUCUCAUUUUAGUAUUGAUAACGCAGCUGCGUAUUUGCCAAAUAUAAUAGAAGUUGGUGGAAUGCAUAUGAAAGAAACAAAUGAUACGAUACCAUCGGAUCUUCAAAAUAUUUUGGAUAAUGCAAAAACUGGUGUUGUAUUUUUAAGUUUUGGCUCUAACGUUCAAACAAGUGAAAUGGACAUAGACAAGCUGCAAGCGUUCUUAAAAGUAUUUGGAGAAUUAAAACAAACAGUUUUAAUGAAAUGGGAAAAAGAACCUAUUCAAAAUAUACCUAAAAAUAUAAUUUUAAGGAAAUGGUUUCCACAAAAAGCAGUUGUAGCUCACCCCAAUGUGAAACUAUUCAUCGGUCACGGAGGUCUGCUAGGACUUCAAGAGACGAUAGCAGCCGGAGUGCCCAUACUGGGGGUACCAGUUUUUGGAGAUCAGUAUCUAAAUAUUAUUGACACAAUUCAGAAAGGUCACGGAGACAUUGUUUACUAUAAAGAAAUAAACGAAGAUAUUUUACGAGAGAAGAUCAAUAAAUUGCUAAAUGAUAAAACUUAUAUGGAAAAUGCCAAAAAAAUUGCAGCGAGGUUUAAAGAUAGACCGAUGAAGCCACUUGAUACAGCAGUGUGGUGGACCGAAUAUGUGAUUAGGCACAAAGGUGCAGACUUUAUUAAACCACCUGUAAUGAGUUACAUCGCAUACCAGAAUCUUGAUGUAUAUUUGUUUUUGAUUAGCAUAUUAGUAAUUAUAUUAUAUACAAUAUUGAAAAUAAUUCAUAUUAUUAAAAAGGUUUUAAAACGCCAAACAAUCGCAAAGAAAAAGAAAAAUUAACUGAACUGAUAGCGUAUACGAAUGAUAGUGCUUUUUUCUGGGAGCAAUUUUAUGGAACUACAGUCUAAAGUGAAUUACUUACUUAUAGAUGUAAAUAAUUGGUUUACUGUUUAUGGAAUGCAACUUAAUCUAGACAAGAAUAAUGUAAUUCAAAUUAAUCUUAGGGGUAUGCCGCUACAAACACUUAAGAUUGAGUUGGAUAAUGUUGCCGUUCCUAGGGUAGAUAAGGCUAAAUAUCUGGAUUUUGUUCUUGACUCUGGUUUAAAGUAGAGUGACCACAUUGAUAAACUUUGCAAAACAUUGGGAAAAGCGUGCUUCGUCAUCUCACGCCUGACAAAAUUGCUGGACAAUGAUCGUAUAAGAAAUGCUUACUUUGCUUAUUUCCGGUCAAUCAUCACGUAUGGUAUUGACAUGUGGGGACAGGCGGCAGAUAGACAAAAGUUGUUUAUACUCCAAAAAAGAGUAAUUAUGAUAAUGGCUAGGGUGCCCUGGGAUACGCCUGCCCAUAACCUUUUUCGGUCAUUAAGAAUCAUAACCAUUACAGGUCUUUAUAUAUUAGAAGUGGUAAAAGUGGUUUGUAUGAAUCUCGAGGAAUUCAGACUGCGUGGUCCUAACUAUCGUCAUGGAUAUAAUAUUCUCCGAAAUAUGUAUACACAGACUGAGAAAAUUAGAGAUUGCUCUAAGUGUAAGAGAGUGUGUGGUAUAUAGGUCCCAAGAUGUACAACCUAUGGCCCAAUGACUUAAAACUAGUUGAAAAUUCUGACACCAUAUUUAUAACCAAGUUCAAGGAGUAACUAAUAGAGAAAGCUUUUUACUCGGUAGAUGAAUAUAUGAAUCGAAUAGACUAACAUAAAAUUCCAAAUGCCUGUGACAUUAAUUUUAAUAUUUUAUAAUUUAAUGAUACCUAAUAAUUUAAUUAGAGGGUAUAAUGUAAUUUAAUUACUAAAUGAAUGACGACAUAUUUGUAACUAUGUAUAAUAUUUUUUGGAAUAUAAAGUGUGCUAACCAGAAAAUGUUAAAUGACGUGUAACGCUUGUUAUCAAUAAAAGAUUGAUUGAUUGAUUGA